UUGAGGUUUCAGCUGCUAUACCUUUUCCUUUGUUAGUUAAAUAAUAAUAAUAAUCUCCUAGGCUGAUUUUAUUAGGGAAACUGACCCACCCACAUUACCCAGGAGGCACCGCGAACAGACGCUGGUACCGUAUUUCCCAGAGUUCCCUGCAUCUUUCGCAAGCGUUGAAGACGUCGAAGCCAAAAUGGCGACCGGAACAGGCAAGCACAAGCUGCUGAGUACUGGCCCGACAGAGCCAUGGUCCAUCCGAGAGAAGUUGUGUUUAGCAUCUUCUGUUAUGAGGAGUGGAGAUCAGAACUGGGUAUCAGUUAGCAGAGCAAUCAAGCCUUUUGCAGAACCUGGCCGGCCUCCAGACUGGUUUUCUCAAAAACAUUGUGCUUCUCAGUACUCAGAGCUCUUAGAGACUACUGAGACUCCAAAACGGAAACGUGGUGAGAAAGGAGAAGUGGUAGAAACUGUUGAAGAUGUUAUUGUUCGGAAACUGACUGCUGAGAGAGUUGAGGAACUGAAGAAGGUGAUCAAGGAAACACAGGAGAGAUACAGGCGACUAAAAAGAGAUGCUGAACUAAUUCAAGCUGGACACAUGGACAGCAGACUGGAUGAGCUUUGCAAUGACAUUGCAAUGAAGAAGAAAUUGGAGGAGGAAGAGGCUGAAGUAAAAAGGAAGGCUACCGAUGCUGCAUACCAGGCUCGGCAAGCAGUAAAAACACCUCCUCGAAGGCUACCAACUGUGAUGGUCCGUUCACCUAUAGAUUCUGCCUCCCCAGGAGGUGAUUAUCCACUUGGAGACUUGACUCCAAACACUAUGGAAGAGGCUACCUCUGGGGUAACCCCUGGGACUUUGCCGAGUACCCCAGUCACCUCGUUUCCUGGGAUUCCUGACACCCUUCCUCCAGGCUCUGCACCCUUAGAAGCCCCCAUGACCCCAGUAACAGAUGAUUCACCCCAGAAAAAGAUGCUUGGACAGAAAGCAACUCCACCCCCCUCCCCUCUGCUGUCAGAGCUCUUGAAGAAGGGCAGCCUCCUGCCUACUAGCCCCAGACUGGUCAAUGAGAGUGAGGUGUCUGUGGCUUCUGGCCACCUGAACAGCACAGGUGUUCUCCUGGAGGUAGGCGGGGUUCUUCCCAUGAUACAUGGUGGGGAGAUACAGCCAACAACCAGUGCUGUUGCAGCCUCCCCUGCUGCCUCAGGUGCUCCCACUCUUUCCCGGCUUUUAGAAGCUGGUCCUACACAGUUCACCACUCCUCUUCCUUCCUUCACUACUGUUGCCAGUGAGCCUCCAGUUAAACUUGUGCCACCCCCUGUAGAGUCUGUGUCCCAGGCUACCAUUGUCAUGAUGCCUGCGCUGCCAACACCAUCCUCUGCUCCGGCUGGCUCCACUCCUGAAAGUGUAGCUCCAGUGAGUCAGCCCGACCCCUGUGUUCCCUGUGAUGCCGUGGGGGAUCCACAUACUGUGACUGUUUCCAUGGAUAGCAGUGAAAUCUCCAUGAUCAUUAAUUCUAUCAAAGAAGAGUGUUUCCGAUCAGGGGUAGCAGAGGCUCCUGGUGGAUCAAAGGCUCCAAGCAUAGAUGGAAAGGAAGAUUUAGAUCUGGCUGAGAAGAUGGAUAUUGCUGUGUCUUACACAGGUGAAGAGUUGGAUUUUGAAACAGUUGGAGACAUCAUUGCCAUCAUUGAAGACAAGGUCGAUGAUCACCCUGAAGUGCUGGAUGUGGCAGCUGUGGAAGCAGCACUGUCAUUCUGUGAAGACAAUGAUGAUCCGCAGUCCCUGCCUGGCCCUUGGGAACACCCUAUCCAGCAGGAGCGGGAAAAGCCAGCGCCUCUUCCGGCACCAGAAAUGACAGUCAAACAAGAAAGACUAGACUUUGAGGAAACAGAAAACAAAGGAAUCCAUGAACUGGUAGACAUCAGGGAAUCAGGUGUUGAGAUUAAGAUGGAACCUGCGGAGCCAGAGCCAGGCAUGUCAGGGGCUGAGAUAGUAGCUGGAGUUGGUCCAGUCUCAAGUAUGGCACCACCAGAACUCAGGAGUCAAGACUUAGAUGAAGAACCUAGAAGUUCUGCAGGUGGAGAGAUUGGUGAAACAGAUGGUUCCAGUGGGAAAGACGAUGACAUGCCACUUUCAACUGUGAAGACAGAGGCAUCUCCUGAAAGCUUGUUGUCUCCAUCACAUGGUUCAAAUCCAAUUGAAGAUCCUUUAGAGGAUCCGCACAAGUUUGAAAUAUCAGACUCAUUGAAAGAAGAAUCAGGGACUAUUUUUGGAAGCCAGAUAAAGGAUGCUCCAGGUGAUGAGGAGGAAGAAGAUGGAGUCAGUGAAGUAACUAGCCUAGAGGAGCCUAAGGAAGAAGAUCAAGGAGAAGGCUAUUUGUCUGAGAUGGAUAAUGAACCCCCUGUGAGCGAAAGUGAUGAUGGCUUUAGUAUACAUAAUGCUACACUGCAGUCACACACACUGGCAGACUCUAUCCCAAGUAGCCCUGCCUCUUCACAGUUCUCUGUGUGCAGUGAAGACCAAGAAGCAAUUCAGGCUCAGAAAAUAUGGAAGAAAGCCAUUAUGCUUGUGUGGAGGGCUGCAGCAAAUCAUAGGUAUGCCAAUGUGUUCCUGCAACCUGUUACAGAUGACAUAGCACCUGGCUACCAUAGCAUUGUGCAGAGACCUAUGGAUUUGUCAACCAUUAAGAAAAACAUUGAAAAUGGACUGAUCCGCAGCACAGCUGAGUUUCAGCGUGACAUCAUGCUGAUGUUUCAGAAUGCUGUUAUGUAUAAUAGCUCAGACCAUGAUGUAUAUCACAUGGCAGUAGAGAUGCAGAGAGAUGUCCUGGAACAGAUCCAGCAAUUCUUGGCCACACAGUUGAUUAUGCAAACAUCUGAAUCUGGAAUCAGUGCUAAGAGUCUUCGGGGGAGAGAUUCUACCCGAAAACAAGAUGCUUCAGAGAAGGACAGUGUCCCCAUGGGCUCUCCUGCCUUCCUUCUCUCUCUCUUUGAUGGGGGAACCAGGGGACGCCGCUGUGCCAUUGAAGCAGACAUGAAGAUGAAGAAGUGAAGCCUCAGAGUUCCCUCUUUGAGCUGAACCUGAACUAGGAAUAAACAAGACAUAGCUUGGGGCUUGUGGGCUCAGAUCCACAUUUGAUCUUAGUCAAAAGGCUGAGAAGCAGUUAUGGGUCCAGAAGAGAAGGUGCCUGGGCCAAAUGACAUGAGUUGAGAAAAUCUCUUUUCAGAGAGUUGGAGUAGCACAAUUGCCCGUUUUAGGGCAAAAAUCAUGGGCUGUGUUAAUGCCCUACUGUGUAGCUAGCAGAUUGUAGCUAAUUUGUACUGUCUUGUGAAGUGUACAGACUUUUUUAAAGAAUAAACCUGUGAAGUAUGUGUAUAUAACAAACAGAAGGAAAACUCUGGCCUUUGGUGUGUCCUUUGUGUUUAAAAUGUGUUUUCUUCACCACGGUAACUAAUCAUGAGGGAUGGAUUGUUAGAGCUGAGGAGUGGGUUUAUAAGCUGUUUGCGGCACCUGAGAAGAGGUGAGUAGCCAAGACUAAACUCGCGAUUGGUGUUUUUAAAAGAAUUAAUAGCGGCUAUUUUAUUGGACUUUUCUUGAAUGUUUGGAAAAUGUGAAGAUUAUCAGGAUCUAGUUCAUAUAAUUCCUUAGGGAUUUAGCAUGGACAAAGGCAGCAGAAUAGGGCAGGAAUGUUUCAAGCCAGGACUUUCUUUGUUCGUGCUAUUGUUGUUGUUGUUUUCUUUUGUUUUUCGAGACAAGGUUUCUCUGUAGUUUUUUUGGAGCCUGUCCUGGAACUAGCUCUUGUAGACCAGGCUGGCCUUGAACUCACAGAGGUCCACCUGCCUCUGCCUCCCGAGUGCUUGGAUUAAAGAUGUGCACCACCACCAUCCACACUAUUGGUAUUUCUGUAGGUAGAACUCAUGCACAAUAUUAUUCCGUCUUUUGAGGUGGAGUCUCUGUAUUUUGACAAGGCUAGCCUAGAGCUAAAAAAUCCUCCAAUUUUAAUUUCCCCAGUAGUUUGGAUUACAGGUGUGUGUACCACACUGGGCUAGAACUGCUCAAGCAACAACAACAGAAACUUACUGAUGUAUGUAAAGGUUAGUUUCUGAGAGGAAGUUGAGGGCCAGGCGUGUAUUUUGGUAGUAUAGUGGUACAGCUCAACUAGUUCUUGGCAAUCUCCAGUACUGGGGGAAAGAAAUCACUUGAAAACAGCCUGGCUCAUACCAGUAACCCUAGCACUUGGGAACUGGGGCAGGAGGAUAGCUGAUAGUUUGCGGCCAGACUGAACUGCAGAAGGAGCUCUUGUCUCAAAACUACAUUGGUGGGGCCUGCAUGGUGUCUCAGUGGGUUCAGGUAUCCGUGGGAGGAAAGACCUGACUUCUACAAGUUGUGCUGUCAUCUCCACACAAUGGAGUGUGCAUGUGUACGUGUCUGUGCACACACAAGUGUAAUUAAAAUUUUAAAAAAUGUAUUAAAAACCUUGUGACCUUAGUUUUAUCUAUCCUAACUUCUGUUUCUAAAUAAAAAUAUUCAUCAGUAAAUUGAACUAGUAUGAACCUUUUUAAAAAUAAAAUUACUAAUAGGCCAUGCUUUAAUUCUUUAUUCUUCCUGGAGGAAAAAGGUUUAAGAAGAAUAUGCCUAAAACUGGGUGUGGUGGUGCACGCCUUUAAUCCCAGCAUUUGUGAGUCAGGGGCAGGCGGAUCUCUUGUGAGUUCAAGGCCAGCCUGGUAUACAUAGUGAGUUCCAGGCUAGCCAGGGCUACCUAGUUAAGACCCUGUCAUUUAAAAAAAAAAAAAAAAAAAAAUGUGCCUAGAAGUCACAAGUAUUACUGCCUAAAAUAGAACUGUUUGUAAAUUUGAGGGUUUGGGAUGUGGUUUAGAGUUUAAAGUUUACUUUGAGUCCUAGUCCUUCAUGUACCGUUGUGACCCAAGCCUAUUCCUGACACUAGAAGGUAGAUAAAGGAGCAUCAGUUCACACUAAUAAUUGGCUACAUAGCAAAGUUCAGGUCACCCGUGAUAUACAAGACCCUGUUCAAAAAUGUAAAGUUUGCUAAGCUAAGGGAGAAGUUAGUCUUUGAGAUGAAAUAGAGUUGAGUCCGUCCAGGAGUUAGAAUAUGAAAUGAGUCUCAAAGCAGUCCACAGACAGGUAUGCCUUACAAACACCAAGGCACUAGAAGCUGGAAAACUGCUGGGCAUGGUGGUGCACGUCUUUAAUCUUAGCGCUCCAGAGGCAGAGGCAGGCGGAUCUCUUGAGUCACAAGCGAGCCUAGUCUACAGAGUGCCAGGCCAGCCAGGGCUGCAUGGUGAGACCCGGCCUCAACAAAUAAAAAUUUUAAAAGUUUUUAAGUAGGGAAAGUUUGUGAAUAAAGUGUUCUAAAGAUAAUUUUCGGUUGGUAGAAAAGCUGAUGCAUGAGUUUACCAAAAUAGUAACUAUUGGGGGCAAAACUAAGGCAUAGUUAGGACUCAUGCUGUUUAGGAGUGAAGUACAGAUGAGACAAAAGGCACUCCUUGCCUCAACGGUAGAGACUAGGCCCCAACACUCAGGAAACUUUAGUAGAAUUUUGAGUUUGAGGAUAUAUAUAGCAAGACACACAAAAGGCAGGGAUGGUGCUCUUGCAGAGAGUGAGUUUAGGUUCUAGCACAUCAGGCGGCUCACAACUGUUAACUCCAGCAACUAGGGUGCCAGUACUUCACACUGGCAUAUAUACAUAAAUGGUCAUUUUAAAUACUUUUUAAAAAUCAAGGGAGCAACUUGAACAGAGAAAAAAGUUGAAACUUGAAUUUAAUGACAAAGCAGAAGACCAAGAACUCAAGAAUCUAUUGAAAGCUGUGGCUAGAUGCUGUGGCUGUAGCUAGCUUUCCUAGUAUGCUUGAAACCCUGGAUUCCGUUUUGCCAGCACAUAAACCAGGUCUUUCUCGGCUGCCUACUGAGUGUGAAGCCAGUCUACGUGCCAACCUGUCUUUAGAAGGAAGAAAAACUGCAAAAGACAGUGCUUCUCUUCCAGAGGACCUGAGUUCAAGUCACAGGUGGCUUACCACCACUUCUAAUCCAAGGGAUCCGAUCCCUCUACUGGCCCAUGGACACACACGGCAUUCACACACACAACACGUAAAAAUAAUAAAAUUUCCCAAUGAAUGAAUGAAUAAGUGCUUCUGUUUUUAUUCUGACAGUCAGAUGUGACCAGAAGGAUGCCAUAGGUAACCACAAGUGUUUUGAGAUUAAUGAUUAAUAAAUUAAUAAUAGAUUAAAAGUUGUAUAUACUGAGGAAAAUCUAAUCCAAGUUUAUUGCCUUGCUGAGUCCAUGGGUAUCUGGUGAUAAAGCAAGUCUGUAAGUCAGGUAUGCUCCAAUUCUUCACUCCAUUUUUGUCCAGUAUGAAAUCCAAGUUUGAAAAUGGGAUAAUAUAAACAAGCUAUUUUUUAUCCAAAAGAUAAAUUUUCAUCUAAUGUCUUUGUUUAGCUGGUUCUUGUGCCUCCUAAUGAAAGAAAUUUCAAGACCCUUUCUAUGAACUUGGAACAUAGCAGUGUACUGGGAGUGUUGAUUUGAAUUAAUUUGUCUUGUUUUUAUUUGAGUUAAUGCAUCUUUUCUGUGUGUUUACAGAUGCGGUGUAAGUGGAUCUGGAUGAACUCUGGUCACAAUGGCCCCGAGAACUCUGAACUGA